AUGGCGGGUGGAGGAAGGCAGCGGAGCGGAGGACGGAGGGCGCCCCUGGCAGCGCUGCUGCUGCUGCUGCUGCUGCUAGCCCUGGUGGCCUGGCCGGCCGGCGGGCUGGACAACGGGCUGGCCCGGACGCCGCCCAUGGGCUGGCUGCACUGGGAGCGCUUCCUCUGCCAGACCGACUGCGCCCAGGAGCCCCGCAACUGCAUCAGUGAGCAGCUGUUCAUGCAGAUGGCAGAUCUGAUGGCGUCCGACGGAUGGAGGGAUGUUGGGUACCAGUAUUUGUGCAUUGAUGACUGCUGGAUGGCUCCCACCCGCGACAAGCAGGGCAGGCUUCAGCCAGACCCGGACCGUUUCCCCAGUGGGAUCAGCAAGCUAGCGGACUACGUCCAUUCCAAAGGGCUGAAGCUGGGCAUUUACGCAGAUGCCGGGAACGAAACGUGCGCCGGUUUCCCGGGCAGUUACGGCUACUACGAACUAGACGCUGACACCUUUGCCGGCUGGGGCGUAGACCUGGUGAAAUUUGACGGCUGCAAUGUCGGCACGCUGGAGCUGCUGGCGGAAGGUUAUAAGAACAUGUCUUGGGCUCUGAAUAAAACCGGCAGAAGCAUCGUAUACUCCUGCGAGUGGCCGCUGUACCAGAGACCUCUGCAGAAGCCCAACUACACAGAGAUCAAACAGUACUGUAAUUACUGGAGGAAUUAUUUUGACAUCACUGACGCCUGGACCAGCGUCAAGAACAUCUUGGACUGGACCUCUUCUCACCAGGACAGUAUUGUGGACAUAGCCGGUCCAGGGGGAUGGAACGACCCAGACAUGCUGGUGAUCGGAGACUUUGGACUGAGCUGCGACCAGCAAGUGACGCAGAUGGCGCUCUGGGCCAUGAUGGCGGCUCCGCUCCUCAUGUCCAACGACUUGCGCCGGAUUAGCCCGCGGGCCAAAGCCCUGCUCCAGAACAAGGAAGUGAUAGCCAUCAACCAAGAUCCGUUGGGCAAGCAGGGAUAUCGAAUUACCAAGGACGGCAACUUUGAGUUGUGGGAGAGACCUCUCUCCGGCGGAGCCUUUGCCAUAGCCGUGUUGAACCGGCAGGACUUCGGCGGGCCACAGAUGUUUGCCUUCUCUACUGCCUUCCUUGGGAGCGGCUUAGCUUGUAACCCCACCUGCUCCAUCCAGCAGAUCCUGCCCACCAGCAGGGAUUUAGGCCUCCACUCUUGGGUUUCGUUCUUGAAGGUGGCAGUAAACCCCACCGGCACCGUGCUCCUGAAGACGGUGGUGAUUGAGGAGAAACUGGUUAUUAACAACGGGAGCAGUCACUCUCCGGAUCCCCUAUAACACUCUAGGCACUUUGCCGCAAGUCUUUUCAAGUAGAAGUGGAAGUUUCCUUCCCAAACAACCAGGAAAGAUUGAUGCAGCAUCACCUUGGCUCCAUGUUACAUUAAUCACCAGGAAACGUUAUGAAGUAACAGCCUUUACCUCGUCCUCCAGUGUCUUCUAAAUCUCUAAAAGCGGGACACAACCUUGCCUUUCUGGAAGAGCUUGAUGAGCCUGUGACAUAUUCAGGAUUGCCAAACACAAUAUUCUCGUGUUUUCUUCUAUUACUACUGCUGCCUCUUGGGGCUACUUUGCAAGAGUAGUUGUAUUUUUCUGUAAAAGGCAGUGGUGGAUGUUUUCCCGAGAUCUCCUCUAGGCCUUCAUCUGUUCUUCUGUCUUGAUAUACUAGAGUCGUGCCUAGAUGAGGGCUGUGCAUUUGACUAAACUCCAGGAUGUAACAAUCCUGUAAGCCAGUUGGUUAACCAAAAAUCUUGUGUAGUGCCUACUGAAAUUCUCAGCAGGACUACUGGUAAUCCCGAAGGAAGAUUCUGUGGGUUUAAUUGAUCCCAAGAACUAGGAGAGAACUAGGCUUUGGAUUAUUUUAAGCAGAGCAUCUAUGACCCUAGUCCAGUUAAUGGCUAGAGCUAGAUUAUUACUUUAAACCCUCGACCCAUCUAAAACAAAGAUGUCAGUAGAUCAGUAAUCCCAGGUGCCUGAUAGCUUAGGGUCAAACUAAAUGACAAGCCAUUAACACAAUUAGCUGUUACAUGUGGGGUUUUUUUUAAAGUGAAAUUGCAGGCAUAAGAGGCCUAUUCUGGAUCAAGCUCUUGACAUGGGGGUCUUUUAACUUUUUCCUCCUCCAUGCUGAUUUUCAUUGGUAGGGGAGCUUCUAGUCCCAAUGCAAAUACACAGGCAUGAUGGCCUUAGCAGGGGGACAAAAGGCUAAAGAUGCAUACCUUUAUGGCAGCAUCCCAAACAAGAUUGAACCCAUGCCUGCCAUUUAGAUGGCAUCGAGUUGUUUGGUCAUUAGAGGCUGGAACUCUUUCCACCUUUCCUUAGUAGACAUACACACUUUACAGAGAAGGGCAUUUACCGCUGAAGCCUCUACUUUUCAAUAAUAUACUUUGAUUGCCAAAAAGUUUUUUUUAAAAAAAACUCACAAUGCUUUCAGUGAAUCUUUAGAGUCUACUUAUGCCGUAAACUACCUGUAUACAUUGCUGGCAAUGGACACUGGAAUUUAUGACCCACUCUGUAGUAUUCUUAGGUUGUCGUAUUCCAGUUGCUGCUGUUGACUGAAGGAAAGUGAAGAUGGAAGGAACUACAUUGUUUUGAACCACUGGCAAAGAAGGAGGAAACCAAAGUUUUGGUAACAUUUCUUGAAAGUGAAGAUGUGUUUCUAGCUGUUUAGUUUGUAUACAUUCCAUAAGUGUUUGUAAUGAAUACAAGGGUAUGAAUCCCAAAUCAA